GUCCCGAUUUGUGCGGGGGAGCGGCGGGCGCUCGGCACAACCGGGGGGUCCGCUCGGCACAACCGGGGGGUCCGCUCGGCACCGACCGACACCGACACAGGCACCGCCACCGGCACCGGCACCGGCACCGAAUAGCACCGCCAUCGCCAGCGCCCGGCACCGGCUCUACCUCAGCGCCUCCCGCCGCCCCGACACCGCCGCCACCGGCCUUUGCACUGAAGCCAAGUGAAGAAUCUCACAAUUGCACUAAACUCCACUUAACUUUGAUUCCUCUGGCAGCAAAGCGACUCUGCCAUCAAGAAGACCUCGAGGGCUGUUUUACCCUCCCUGCACAUCACUCCCAACUCCGUGCCUGGAAGCUGGUGCCCAGCAGUAGCUCUAACUCACUGUCCAUCCCACUGGACCACUCCCAACCAUGUUUCAGCGUCUCACCAGCCUCUUCUUCAGCGACAGCAGCACACCAGAGGGCCUAGAGGAGCCCAAACCCUUUGUUGAGGAGGAGGAGGAGGAGGAUGGCUGGCUCGUAAUUGAUCUUGCAGGCAGCCGUGCCCGCCCCGGCCCAGCCCGGCGAGCGGGUGCGGGCGGUACCGGGCGCUCGGCGCGGCCCCGCCCGACGCCCCCCAGUCCGCCACCGGCCGCUUCCCCGGCUCCGGCCGGUCCCUGCUUGAUGGACGAGAGUUGGUUUGUCACCCCUCCCCCCUGUUUUACUGCAGAAGAGCCCGGCCCUGACGGUGUGGGGAGCAGCCCCAUGGAGGACCUGCUCAUCGAGCACCCCAGCAUGUCCGUCUACGUCACCAGCACCCUCGAGGUGGAUGGGGAGGGCCCCGAGGACGAUGCUGCCGGGGAGGUGCCGGAGCCGCGGCUGGAGCGGCACGUGGCGCACCACGGCCGGUCCCUGGCGGUCAAGGCGGCCAUCCUGGACAAGGUGGGGCAGGCGCAGCGGGUGCAGCGGGCCAAGCAGCUGGCGGAGCGGCACCGGCUGGGCCAGAAGGCGCUGCAGCGGCAGAACCGCGCCCGGCAGCGCCCGCCGCGCCGCGCCAAGCAGCUCCCCGGAGCCUUCGUGCACCAGCCCUGCCAGCGCCACUGCAACUACUGACCUCGCCGGGACGGCUGCGCCGCCGCUGCCCCGCCGAGGGGGCCCUCACCCCCCGCCGACACCGCCCCCGGGAGUGCCGGCCCCCACGGACACCGGCGACACCGGCUGCGGUUCCACUCCACGCCCCCACACCCGCGCUCCUGGCCCACGCUCCUCAUCUUCCUUCACGCGCCCUCUCUGCUCCCCUCGCCCCUCGCCCUCGAUGCCAGCUGGGCCAGCAACCCCUGGAGCUGCCGGCAUGGAGGGCCGUGCUGACCCCCCCAUCCUCACAGCCUCGCCAGCCUUCACACAGGAAAUCGGUAUUCCCAGGGAAAUCACCUAUUCCCGAAAUCCAUGGCGAAGCCUGUUUGUCCUGACAAGCCUGUGACAACAGUGCCUUUCCUCACAACAUCAUGACUCCACGUACAGCCAGGCUGGGAUGUCACAGAGACACCGAGCAGAAGUGAAAAGAGCAACGAAGCCACAAGAUUUGGGAUUUUUAGGAAAAUCUCGUCAAUGACACUAAGUAAUGCUUCCUCCCUGCACAACCAGCAAAUACUCCCCUCCCUCCUUGAUAGAAAUAGUUACGUUUUUACCACGAUAAGACAAACCCCCACUGCUGGUCCUGAAGGGGCUUGUGGUGGGAAGCACUGGUGGAACCUUUGUGGCCGGGUCAGCCAGGUGGCUCCUGACGCCUCACGGUGUUUUUUUUAAAUCAACCUUCAAAACAAUCUCAGGAAUCAAAUCACCGUCCCAGCGCCGUGCCGGAGCCCUUGGCCACUGUGCCAGGAGGGGUGGCCAGCCCAGGGCAGUGGUGGCAUCACCGUGGCUGGUGGUCCCACCCGAGCAAGCCCCUUCCUCCUGGAGCCACUUGCCCGCCCCAGCCACACCUGUAUCCCUACAGAUACGCCUGUAUAUGUGUGUGUAUAUAUUUCCCUCUAUACCUUUAUGCUUGGAAGAGGCACUGUUAAGCCAAGGAGCAUCGGCUGCCUAUGUCAGUCCCCGGGAGGGGGAGAGGCAAUGAUCUGCACAGCUUCCCUGAGGUGGCAAAGCAUGUCGAUGGUGGUGGUGAAGAGAUGCUGAAGAAGAGGCCAGAGGGAAGAGGCUGAAGUAAGGACAAAGAUGGAUCUGGGAGUGGCUGCAAAGGGUCUAGAUGGGGCAAGCCCAAGUGAAGGAUUACUUUAACAGGAGCUGUAAUGGGUGCAUCUUCUUUCCCCACCCCACUAAAAUUUGCAUCCUUUCCCAUGAAGGGCCAAAUCCCAUUGUAGAAAAUGUUGAUCUUUAAUGCAAAUCCCUCCCCUUCCCGUGACGGACUUAUUCUGCCUUUGGAGGAACAUUGCCUAGACUUUUCACUGGCUCCAGCACCAGCUGAGAUGGCUCCAAACCCAGCAGAAAUUUGCUGAUUGCCCCUAGCUCCCUCCCUUUAGGAACAGGUUUGCACCCUGUGCCCAUGGAAAGUGUCCUGCUUGUGGCCAGCUCACAGCCUGAAUUCCUACCCUCUGAAAAAAGAAAUACCCUUACAACCCCCCCCAAAAUUCUGAUUUCACAGGAGUUUCUUCCAUUCACUGUGUUACAUCCCUUAAUAUUAGCCGAGGACCUCGGCUGAAGGAACUGUGGUAAGCCCAACCUCAGACACCUGGUAGUUAUUAAUUCUUUCAAAGAGAUUAAAAACAAACAGGUCCAGGCUCUGGGCUGGGCAGCCUGCCCCGCAGGAGUGGCUGCUGCUGCUCACCUGCAGCCUUUCUCCUCCACUCCCAUGACAUCGUGUUCCCAAAAACUCAGAGCUGGGAACUCGGCGUUCCCCCUGCCCUUGGCAUUGCCCCGCACUCCUUGGGCCUCGCCGCAACCUCCGUCCCUCGCCGAGCCCGAGCCCACACCGGAGAUCGCCCCGUCCCGCCUCUGGUGUCUUCUUGGUGAAUACACUGACUCGAGGGGAACCUUUACCUCCUCUGGCUUCCUGGACUUCACACUAAAUGCCUUUUCUCCCCCCUGAAGUGAUGCCUGGUGUGAACCAGGAGCAUGGCACGUGCAGGGACUCUGGCACAGGUGCUUGUGAUGACAAGCAGGGGCUGAGCCCGAGCUCCCGGACGUCCUUCCCCGUCCCACUCUUCCCAUGUUGCUGCAUGAUCCGCUCUGUGGCCACUGGGCAGUACCAUUACAGGAACCGGUUUCUCUCCAGCCCAAUUACACAUCAAGAAGUGAAGCCACACAGCAUCCUGCCUCCCAGCCUGUUCUCCACUCCAAAUUCUCCUCCCGAGCAUCGAAGUCACCUUCCAGAGCACUCCAGAAAUCAGAGGCUGGUUGCGACCCCAUUACCCCUCCACAGCUCCCAGAGGAAGGGGCCGGGGAGCAGCAGUGAGCUCAGGGCACAUCCUGCCACGUCUCAUCUACCAGGCUUUCCUGUGCCCACUGGUCUGCAUGGAAAUGGUACCCCAGGAGAAAUCCCUCAUCGAAAUCCUCCCUUGUCCUGCUCAUCUGUUGUGACCCAGAACCUCUUGGCCAUGUUCCUGGUGGGCUUGGGGCAGCCAUGGCACUGACACACCCAGCCCCAGCUCCCAGCCCCCAGGCACCAUUUCCAUCAGGUGAUGUUGGUUUUCAGAAGCAAAUGCAAACUGUUUUUUUCCUUUCUUCUUUCCAUGCCAGUCUGAGGUGUUUUUCCUCAUGCUGUGCCCAGCAAACACAGGACAUGAAGCAGAACUAUUAUCACACUUUAUAUCCAGAGGAUGUUUAUAAAGGAUUAAUAAAUUAUUAAUAAUGUUUCCAUGAAGAGAUUAAACCAGAGUCCAAGCAGGUCAGCAGAGUGCAUGUACCACAGCAAACCUCUGCUCCUGUGACCCCCCUCUGUUGUUUGCACACUUGUUGUGUAUUAACACCUAACACUCACCUGCCAACCCCCUGCAAGGCGACUGUCACCCCCAGUGUGACCCACCCUCCCUGUGCUGUGGCAAAAGGGUGUUCAACCUGUGCUUUGCAGAAGCCCUGCGAUGCUCUGCUGCUGCCCAGCAGCAAGCACAGGGCCUGGCCUGAUCCCAAAUCUCCUGCACAUUGUUGCCAGAGCAAGAAAAUUCCUUUUCAUUGAGGUUAUUUGUCUCCUCGAAUCUUAAAACAAAUGAAAGGUGCUUAAAAACUGAGAACUUUGGUGUGUGCACCUGUGUGCAUGUGUAGAUACUUCACAGCCUGGUGUGAGUGUUCAGUAGGUUAUUUUGGGGUGUGGGGUUGAGUUUUUUAGGGGUUUCUUGGUUGGUUUUUUUUUGCACCCAGUGUUUGUGAUGAGUUGUGUGGUGCUCCUGAUGGGAAGGUGCUCACAGGGAGCCCCCUUGGGCUGGUCCUGCUGGGACAACUGGGAUGAUUUUGCUUUCUUUUCCGUAUUUGUGUAGGGGGAAACUACAGCAUGGACUCAGGGACAAACCAAUCUGCUGAGGUCUUUAAAAAUGUCUCUUUUCCAGGCUUCUCUGCUAGGAUGUGGGGUUUGGUUUGGUCUGUGAGGGAUCUGCAGGGAUGGGGCCUGUGGCAGAACAUGGUGGUGAGAGGCUGCCCAGGCUGUGUCAGAGGAGCUGCAGGGUUUGGUGCUCUGACAUUCCAGCGUGGAAAAGAAGCUGUGGCCACUCAUGGUGGGACCAUUCCUAGGCAGCAGCCCCUCUUUAUUUGUUCAUGUCCUGAAAAUUCACCUUACAGUUGCCAGAAUGCGGCUUGUCCCUUUUUGGACUUGCCUGUGAACAAACAGGUACAGAUUUUCAGCACUGAGCCUCCGAGGAUUUGGCAAGUGCAGUAGAGCUGGGUGUUCUGGCCUGACUCCCAUGACAUCACUGGGAUCAGGAGACAGCCAGGGUGGGGGAAGCCACUGGAAUGAUCACCUGGAGAAAUGGUGAUGUAGGUGACAGGCGGAUUUGAGGGAAGAAAUUUUUGUAUUUCUUGCACUGAAAGCAUAAAAAAAGAAUUCCUGGUGGAGUGGCCUGGGCAAAUCCCCGUUCAGUAAAUGCCAGCUUUUCUGGGCGGCAUGGCAGUGCUGGGGUUCAGACAGGGGAGAUGGGUCCAGCCACAGCAGCAGCCUUGCAGCCCCGCUCUGGAGUUGCAGUGAGGAACGGGCCCGGGCAGCUGCGAGGGCAGCGCUGUCAGUGCUGGCUGGAGCCUGUGGAGGCAGCACACCCCUACAGUGGGAAGGAUCUUUCCACCACCAUUGUGUAGGGAUGUUCUCCAAGCAAGACUUGCAUCUCAGCUGAGUUGUUUUGGUCCAGCUGCCCUGGUACUCACGCGAUGGAUGAACCCCAAUGGGUGGUCAGGCUCCCCCAGCCAGCAGGAUGGGACCAGGGAGGCCCUCCUGCAGGAGUGCCAGCUCUUGGGAUGCAUCAGGACACCCCCAUGCCCCCCACCUUCCCAUGGCUGUGCUUCCUGCACCACUCAAGGCCAGGCUGGAGGCUAAGGCACAGCCACAGCACAUGCAGGGCACUCACUGGCAGCCACGACAAAUCCUCACCUCUGAUUUUGGCUGUCGCUUGUGCUGCAAGGCUGGGGGGCUGCCAAGAGAGUAGUGGCAAAAGUCUUCCUCACCUGUGUGAGUGCUCUGAAAUCUGCACUCACAAAUGCUCUUUCCAAAAAAAACGUCUGCCACAAAAGCUUCAUCUGGGAGAAAGACAGCUCUUUUCAUGGGAGUCAGUAUUUCUUUCUCAUCAUGGAUAACAUAAAUGCAUGGCUCAUCCCAAAGACUGCUGUGGGAAUUUUCUCUCUUUGGGCAUGUUUCUAAUCAAUAAUUUUACAUCAUACCAAUACCUUUUCCUCUUCCAUCCAACCCUACUGGGGAGAAAAAUACCCACUUAGAUGUCUUAUCAUACCAGUCAGAACAAAAAAAAAAAAAAGAAAAAAAACUACAGUGAGUUUAUAGGCUUGACUUCCACAGCUUUGCAGUCACUCCUUUGGAGGACCAGUAUAAAUUCCAGCGCCCUGCAUCAAGUGGAAACUAAAUGUCAUGUGAAUUUAUUGAAAAACAAGUGAGUCCCCAGAGAUUAAAUUUCUAAUAAUUAAUGGACAGUAAGAAGUGAUAGGUCAUCUCAAGUCAAGCAAAAUGGUUCUCAGCAUCUACCAAAAGGCAGCGCCGAGCCCUGCUGGUCUGGGGAUUGGUGGUGAUGGUCCCCGAGUCUUUCCUGAGUGUCCAGGUAAAAAUGAGAGGUCAUCUGUGUCCAGCUGGUGCUGCAGGGACUCUCGAGGCACCAGAGAUUGUCAGCAACCACCAUUCCCACAAGUGACUCGGAGUUUGCUGUUCCUUUGCUGUCUGCACUCAUAAAUGCUGGUGGCAGGAGGGAUGUGCCAGCACCACAGAAUUGCCCCCAAGUUCUCAGAGCUUCCCCCCAGGCCCUUCUCCACCACAGGACUGUGUCUGCUGACCUCCUCAGCACAGCUGCUUACAGGGACUGGAAUCUGAGGACAGACACCCACGGCACUGGCAACCUCUCCAUCCCAGAGAACUGCCAUGGUCAGACCCACCCAUCAGACCUUCUGGGGACAUUAAUGGGCCUUAGUUGGGGCUGAUCCUUUUAGGGCUUGUCUUCUUUAGGGUGGAGUUUUCCAUCUCUGCCCAUUUCUCUCAGAUAUGCUCCAUACAAAGUCAGUAAUUGCCCAUCAUCCUCACAGGCUCCAUCCUCACCCCAUUCUCAUGAUCCACGGGUCGCCUGACUGUGGCUGUAGGAAGAAGCUGGAUGCAGCAGUGGGAGAGGCUCUGCCUGGCUGUCAAGUCCCUCCUUUGGUGAGAGGUGUCCUCAGACCUGUCAGAGAUGCCACCUUCUCCUCCACUUGUCUCCAGGACCCCCUUGGUGGGAGCCCUUAGCAGCCCUGGGCUCUGGACAGCCGGACAUGGCUUGGGCAGGAGGUCUCCCCUUCCAUGCCACUCACUGAUGUGUCUUCCACCAGCCUUUCUUUUUUUUUUCUUAAAAGACUCUGUGUCAUUAACUAAACCCACAAUUUUCCUUAAAGGGAUGAGGAUGACAAGGACGAGCAGUGCCAUUUAAAUAGCAAACAUGGCUCUUACACAUGAUCCUCCUUUUAAUUCUCCUGUGCAGAGCAGUGACUGACACCCAGGUGUGUCCCCUGUGCAGUCAUUCAGAGCUAACACCUCCUGGGCUGGCAAGGGGGUUGCUUUCCCAGCCCCAGAGAUACAGGUAUGUAACCCCAUGUCCCAGAGCACAAAAGCUGCUGCAAAGCUUUGGUUCUGUUACAGCUAAACCUGAAAAUCCUUCUGCCUUCCACUCUCAUCCUAUUUUAUUACCUGUGUGUGGGAAAGAUUUUAUUCCUUGCAAAUGGAGGGGAAAACAGCACAGCAAGUUCUAAGUGUAACAUAAAAAUGGGUUGCACAGGGAGCCAAAGUUCGUCUACUCUUUCACAUUCACCUUGUGUUUCCUUGUCGGGGAAGCUGGGAGCAGCUGUGCCCAAAUCUCACCAAAAUCUUAUCCUCAGCUUUAUGCUUCAGGAAGUCAAGGGAUGAGGGAACAGCACAAGGUGUAACAGUUAAACUAGUAAAAUUUUCUCUUGUAUCAGAACUGUUCUUGUACAGAGCCACUGAGCACUGCAAUAUUCUGUCUGUCUGUAUCAACCUCAACUAUUCCGCUUGUAAAACUCAUCCCUGCACAUUAUCCAUCCCCAUGCUGGACUGACUGUACAUGUGCCUUCACCCUUUUUCAUGAUUUGUCAUCUUUUUUUAACACAAUUACAGAACUUGAAUAAAUCACUGAACUGCAGUUACAAGUCCUAUGCAAGAGGUGGCUGGGGAGUCAGUUUUUGAUAUUUCUGUGUUUCUGUGUUGUUUUCAAAGUCGUCGUGAAGAUUUUUCAGAGAAGCCCAACAGAAUGAUUACCCCAAAAAACAUUCAGAUUUAAUUUUUUUUUCUAGCUAAAAAGCAUUUAGCAUUUUGGAUGCUAAAUAUCUUAGGCAGCUUUGAAAAGCUCAGCCUAAACCCCAGUUCCUUGCUGGGCCAUGCCUGGAGAGCAAGCAAGAGCAGUAGCAGCAGGAAGGACGAGCACCAGAACAGCCGGUGUGUUCCACAGCCGGUGUUUCCUCUUGAGAAAGGUUGGAAAAGGUCACCUUAAGCCUUCCCUAAAAUGCAUGGGAGAAUGUUGCCAUGCCCAGCCACCCUGCGCCCACUGCCAGCCCGGGGCAGAGCGUGGCCGUCAAGCAGCUCUCCAUGCCUGGGCUCUGCUGAAUGCCUUAACUGGGGUCAGCUGCCACUCUGGACCUUGGAGAAGAGGUAAAAACAAGGCCCACGUUUUUCUACAUCACCUAUGCUGUAGGACUGAAACCUUGUCCGAAACUCAUAGCUGACAAAAUCUGUCCUUUUCGUGUGUUCUGUGUUCAGUUGGUGUGAGCGAGGUUGGUAGGGAAAGGGCAUCUCCUCCUCGUAGGACACUGUGUAAACAUUUGCUGUGUGUCAACAGAGUGAAGGACACGACUGCCUGGGGUACGUUCGUAGUGUGCCUGUGUGUAUGUAACCUGGUUUUGGUUGUUAGGUUGUAAUGCUGUCUCUUGACUGAGAAAAGAAAUCUAAUAUAAAGAAAAAUCACAAGAAAUAAUAAAAAAAUCUAUUUAAACUCUA